AUGAGCUCCUCCACUAGUAGGAUGGAACAGAACAGAACAGAAGAAGCGACCAAUUAUGACUUUCAGGGUUUUGACUCAGAGGAAGAAUUAAACCCGCUUCCUUCUGGAGUCGGCCAGGAUUCAGAGGACUCAGAUGAACAGGACCAAAUUGGCUCACCUGACUCCGUAAAUAAAACAUCUCCAGAAGAGACCAAAAAGUCAGGCAUGAGAGGGCUCAUCAGCAGGAUGAAAGCUAUUUCUGUCCAAACAUUUGCUCAAGAGUCAAUCCUGAAUGUGAGGUCUAGAGUCAGGCGUAGGCUUGCCCACCGUCAAGGACAGGAAGCUGUCAGUUCAGAUACUUCAAUGCUUCUGGAGAGUGAGGAUAGUCUUUCAAAUGAGAUAAUUACACCCGAAGAUCAGCAUACAAACAGUGAGUCUGAAGAGAUUGGGCCUUCCACUGCCCUCCGUAAAAGUGACUGUGAGCGUCGUCUGCAGGAUGAGAGCAUCACAAAUGAAAGGAACAGGAGCCUCUUGACUGAGAAGGUGGCGAGUCUUGAAACAAGACUGGAUGAAAAAGAGUUAGAAAAUGGAAAUUUGGUGGCAGAAAUUGACGAUUUGAAGGAAAGGAAUUGGCGUCAAGAAAAGCAUUAUGGAGAGAAAGUGCCUCACCUAACAAGAGACUUGCAGCAAGCUCAGGACAGAGAAAGGGCCCUGAACCAGCAAGUGACCUCUCUCCAAACAUCAUUUAAUAAAACACAAGACGAGGCUACACAGCUCAGGGCAGCAUUGCAUGACUGUGAGCGUCGUCUUUAUGUGGCUCAGAAAUGCCACAUUGAGAAAGUGGCUGAGCUUGAGAGAGUAAAGAAGGAAAUCCAGGCUAUAAAGGAAAACCUCUUCUCUCAAGUUAGUCGUCUGCAGGAUGAGAGCAUCACAAAUGAAAGGAACAGGAGCCUCUUGACUGAGAAGGUGGCGAGUCUUGAAACAAGACUGGAUGAAAAAGAGAGACAAAAUGAAAAUUUGGUGGCAGAAAUUGACGAUUUGAAGGAAAGGAAUUGGCAUCAAGAAAAGCAUUAUCAAGAGAAAGUGUUUCUCCUCACAACAGCCUUGGAACAAGCUCAGGACAGAGAAAGGGCCCUGAACCAGCAUUCAGAGGAAACAAUCAGCAAGCUCAGAGAAGAGCUCAAGGCAAAACAGGAGGAAGAGAUACUAGCGCCAAGUGAAAGACAUCUUAACUCCACUGGGGUGCAGACAGACGAGAUAUCACCUGAACCUCAGCAGCUGGAAACUCCUGCUGCUGAGGCUCAGAGUGAAAGCCUGUGGAAGCGCUCUCUCAGAGGUGCAAUGAGCGUAGGCAAGUUCAUUGGUGUGUCCGCUGCAUAUGCAUUUGUUGCAGUGGGUAUACUGUCCAUUGGAUUGCAUGCUCAUUGUGAUUGCCCAGGACAGCCCUUUUAA